UUGCAGUUCAGACUUCCUGAAAAAAGAAAGCUGCGGAUGAGACUUGACUUUUCGGAAGUGGAUCCUCAACAGGAGGGAACAGGACCAGGAAGGUGGAGUCUCACUCUUACAUCCGGCCGUGGAAGAACCACCAUCUGCUGGCAGAUUUUUUUUUUGUUUUGUUUGUUUUGUUUUUUUAAGCGCUCACAUUAGCAGGAAGUCAGCGCUCGCACACACGCACACAAGCAACCCGUGCGGCGCUGGCACAAGAUGUUCCCCGUGAGGCGCUUCGUCUUCUUCUUCUUCUUCUGUCAACUUUAGCGGGACAAACGUUGACUGGAAUAUACGAGCAUGUCUCGGCGGGACCAGAGGUUCCAGCGGGGAAGGAAAGGACGGUGCCAGGAAUGCAGCUGCACCCUGUCCCACUGGUACUACGAGCGAGAGGGACAACUGUUCUGCAAGAAGCACUACUGGCAGCGUUACGGCGAGAACUGUCAGGGUUGCAACGAGGCACUCCAGCCGGGACUCGUCAUGGUCGCUGGAGAGCAGAAGUACCACCCAGAAUGCUUCAUGUGUAUCAAGUGCCAGAUCUUCAUUGGAGACGGCGACAGUUACACACUUGUGGAACAUUCAAAACUCUUCUGUGGUCAAUGUUUCAGUCAGCAGUCAUCGCCUCCAUCGCCACCCAUCAGGAGCCCCCACACAGUGGCGCUGGUGUCACUUCCUCCACAGACAAACGGCGAGCGAGGGCUGACUGUGACCACAGAACUCAACCAAGGAAGUGGCCCUCUUGUUACUGUGACUGCGAUACACUCAGACGUCCUUGGUCCGGACCUGCUGUCUUCGGUCCACAUUGGAGACAAUAUCCUGGAAGUCAACGGCAUCCCAGUCUGCAACGUUUGCCCCGAUGAGGUAGAUCAUGUGAUCCAGGACACAAGUAGACCGCUAUACCUGACGGUUGAACACAAUCCACGGUCCAAUACUUCCACCAAGGUCCAUCAAGACCUCACCCGUGUCUGCGAAGAAGUGCCUUCAACACACCCGCUCCCAAACCUGCUGGAGGAGCUUGGCGCAGAGGUGGAAACGCUGGAACCGAUCACAAUGAGUCCCUCCUUGCGUCAGCACCGAGGCCCCGCGGGAAUGCGAUCCCGACACAUCCUGCGCAGCUGCAGCAUUGAAAAGUCCUCCUUGUCGCUGCUAUCGCAAAAGAAAGACAUGGUGCGGUCCGAAUCGCUGCGCGCCCACCCCGGAGAUCGAACCCAUCGCAUCUUCAGGCCUUCGGACCUGAUCCAAGGAGAAGUUCUCGGCAGAGGCUUCUUCGGACAGCCGUCAAGGUAGCGCCGUCUACUCACGAUCGUGCCAGAUCAUUUUGAAGACUUUGAUUUUCAUGUCGCUGUCAAGGUGACGCACCAGGAGACUGGAGAGGUGAUGGUGAUGAAAGAAUUGAUCCGUUUUGAUGAGGAAACGCACAAGACCUUCCUGAAAGAGGUAAAGGUGAUGCGCGGUCUGGAUCAUCCCAACGUCCUCAAGUUCAUUGGACUCUUUUACAAGAACAAGCACAUACACUUUGUGUCGGAGUACAUCCAGGGAGGAACGCUCAGAGAAACCAUCUCCAAAAUGGACAAGACCUUUUCAUGGAACCUCAGAGUGAGUUAUGCCAAAGACAUUUCAGCCGGAAUGGCAUAUUUACACUCCGUGAACGUCAUCCACAGGGAUUUAAACUCCCACAACUGCCUGGUCAAAGAGAAUCAGUCCGUUGUAGUGGCGGAUUUCGGUCUGGCUCGUUUAGUGACUGCCGAGAGGAAUCGCGGGAGACCCCCGAAGGGAACUCUCUCGGACCUCCGCAAGCUGAACCGCAGGAAGCGCUACACUGUGGUCGGGAACCCCUACUGGAUGGCACCGGAGAUGAUCAAUGGGAAAAGCUACGACGAACGCGUGGACGUCUUCUCCUUUGGAAUCAUGAUUUGCGAGAUCAUAGGAAGGGUGAGCGCCGACCCGGACUUCCUCCCUCGGCGUAACGACUUUGGUUUGAACGUGGCCGCUUUCAUUGAGCGGCACCAGCCCCCGGAAUGCCCUUCGACCUUCCUGCCGCUGGCCGCCCUCUGCUGUGACCUGGAUGCCGAUCAAAGACCUUCCUUCUGCAAGCUGGAGGAGUGGCUGGACAAUCUUCAGAUGCACUUGGACAUCGGCCUUCCGCUCCUCUCCGAGGUGGAACAGCUCUGCAGAACCUUUUGGUGCAACCGCCAACACCGCGCCGAAGUGGAAACCUCCUCUGCUUCCCCUCCACGUUGUCAGAGUCCCGAGCCGGCUCCCGACAAUGGAAACAAUCCCAAUCAACCUCCUCAAAGUGAAAACUGCACACCUGAAAACACGAGCGAGCCACUGAAUCAAGAACUCCCAGAGCGAGCGUUAAAUGCCAGCCCAUCUUCAAACGGUUUCUCAGGAUCAGUCUCUUCCGAAAGCAUCGGGCACUCGUGAGAGGACUCGGGAGAAAGCCAAAGGAAACUGGAAUACUCGCAAGUCCACAGCCGGCGUGCGGAUCCGCCUAGCGGCUUCGGAAGGAUCUGCAGAGCUUUGUGGUGCAGAGGCGCACGGACCAAGCGUCUUUUAUGUGAUCUUGGGGAUCUUAUGUGAGCAUCUUGUCAACAGGUCCAACACGCGUGGGCAGGUCCACUAGAGUCCGGGAAACCACAUUUAGAUGCAAUAUUUUGAAAUAAAAUCCUUUUA